CGGAUACCAUGUGAGAGUUGAAUUUUCCACUUUGUGCCCCACCUCGGAUGUCGUCAGACUUGACCAUCAACAACCCGUGCCAUCAACCACGACCUGCCAACCAGCCAUGGGCGUCGUCGUCUCAAAAAGGCGCCGAUCCCAAGGAAACAUGCCCCAAAAGCAGCCGCCAGCCAGCGACGACGACGGCGCAAUGUCCGCCCCGGCCAGCGCCGACCCCGCGUCCACCGCCCCUCCACCCGCCGCCGCCGCCGCCGCCGCCGCCGACAGCAAACCACCCGCACCGCCAAACCUCCUCGCCCACAUCCCUCUCGAGCACGUCCCAGCAUCCUACACAGUCCACGCGGCGCUGUUCCGCUCCGUCGCCAACGCGGGCUUCCUGCACGCGCAGCUGCUGGCGCGCAACGCGGCCUUCGAGUACUCCUUUGUCGACGCGUCCACCCUCGCCAGCACGACGCACCUGCUCGCCGCCGUCUUCCGCGCCGUUAACACGGCCGCGUCGUCGUCGUCGUCCCCGUCGUCCGGCCUGCGCACGCCAAACGUCCACUCCGAGGCCGUCUUCUGCCUGGCGCCCUCGGCCAACAUCGCCGAGGCGUACCGGCGCUUCGGCAUCUCGCCCGCGAGCAGGGACGUCGUGGCCGUCAAGGUGCUAACGGCGGGGAGCAACACAACGGCGGACGACGUCUGGGUACAUCUGUGCGCCAGCGUCGAGGGGACCGCCGUGCCCUUCACGGACGAGAACGUGGCGCUGUGUACCGACUGGGCAAAGGUGCGGAAAUACUACAAGCUCAACGGCGCCGCGGCGCUGGCGGGGAUCAAGGACGAGGGCGCUAGGAGGAGGGAUGAGGAGAUGCUGAUACUCGGUGCCAUGGCCUUGCGGGGGGUGUGACUGCGUUUGUCUGAAAGUAUGGGGUUUCAUUCGGCGUUGGGCGCCGGGGAUGUGCAUCAUUGGGCGUUUUUCUUCUUCUUCUUCUUCAAAAAGAGAAUAAUUCGAAAAGGCUACUAUAUCAGGGGAAUACGUGAAAUCAAGGC